AUGUCCACCUUGGUGAUAAUAGCGGCGGCAGCAGCCGUGGUGUUCUCGGAGCCCGCGCCUGCGCCCGCUCCGGAGCCUGUCUUAAGGCUCGGGCGGGAGAGGAAUGAUGAGAUCGUGGACGCCCACAUCCCUCGCUACUGGCUCGAUGAGAAGCACUACAACCUCGUGCCCUGGGUCGAGCCGACCAGGGGCGUCAUCGCUCAUUCUGGUUCUCCUCAUGAAAUCGCGAUGCAAAACAAGAUCGUGCGCGACGUAUACAGCCCGUCCUACUCCCAGCCCACCUACAUCAUAGACUACCGCUUCCUGAAGUCAGGCGGGCGCGCCUACACGCGCAGCCGCGGCGGGGAAGUCCUCAUCCUACCCAAGGCCGUCAAGACCGUCGACCCCUCGGGCCAAGACUCGUACGACCGUCUCAUUGACCACCUGAAGGAAGAAGAGUUGAAACACCACAGGCAGGAGGAAAACCGGCUUAGAGAUAGAGAUGAGAAGAGGAACCCGUGGUCAGCGCCGGAGGUCGUCCCUGACAGGUCCUGGGGGAAGGGGUGGAGACAGGAGGAACCAGAGCUGGAUGAAGAGUACGGGAAGCUCUGAUGAUGACCGGAAUUGUUGCAAGCAGUUGCCUUGAAACCCUGGUUUCACGACGCAAUCUGUUAGUGUCUGUAGUUAAACUGUCUGAAUUAUAUUUUUUCCCAAUGUGCUUUUCUUAUUUAUUAGUCUUUGCAUCUAUGUAUGUACGUAUGAUUACAUAAACUGACUCA